UGCAGCGACGUGAAGAUGCUCGACUCAACAGUAGAAACCGGCCCGUAUGUCAUUGAUUCUGACGGUGAAGGAAAAUUGAAGCCAUUUAACGUCACGUGUAACAUGACCGACAAGGACGGUGUUGGCGUGACAGUCAUAAGUCACGAUAGCGAAAACAAAACACAAGUGGACAAAUGUAAAGACCGAGGCUGUUACUCACGUAACAUCUCCUAUACAGGAGCGAGCUUUCCUCAACUGGCGAGUCUCACCAGGGUUUCUAAGUACUGUGAACAGUUUAUAAAGUACGAUUGUAAAGCUUCAAAAAUAUUCACCUCAAAAAUAUCCUCGAAGGCCCAAAACAGAACUUUCGCCUGGUGGAUGUCACGCGAUUUCAUCAAUAUGACCUAUUGGGACGGAGCAGAAGCUAAUAGUAAUAAGUGUGCAUGCGGGAUAAAUGGCACGUGCGUAAAAAAAAGACGUCGAUGCAACUGUGAUACAAAUGACGAGGAAUGGCGCGAAGACAGUGGCCUCCUCACUAACAAGACGCAUUUGCCCGUCAGGCAGCUGAGGUUUGGAGAUACAAAUAAUAAUAAAGAGGAGGGUCACCAUACCUUAGGAAAGUUUAAGUGCUAUGGAAUUGCUUAGUUGUAGUGAAAAAAAAAACUGACUUUCGAACUUGCUCUUCUUUAGCUUUGAGUAUGCCGCAGGACCAAGUUGUUCGAGAUACAAUUAAUAUGGCACCUUGUAUCUAAGUUUGUGCUUUUAAUUCCUACAAACACUUGUUGAGUAAUUACCAAUAAUCAGGAUGGCAGAGGCUUGAGUCUAGAUGAAAGAAGACCGAAUUUUAUUUCGAGGAGUGUUACUGUAUCACAUACUGAAAAACAUACUUUGAUCCAGAAACAGAAUUGUUCUUCCGUAAAAUAACCUCAAUGAAACAAUUGACUUGCAAGUAACACCCUAAGGAAGCGCUAGUCACUCAGCCGCUUCUCUUGGAAGGGACUAUAUAUAAGUUUAGUUAUAUGUUACCUAAAGUAUUUGAAAGUUAGCUGUUAAUUAAAAUUAUAUAACCAAUUUCGUCAUAGCUAAAUUGAAGGUUACAUUUGCAUUGCUAAUUACUCUUGCUAUAUAUAAGUCCUAGCCGCGUUUGACUAGUCAAAUUGAAUGAAAGUUUAUAGAUGUGACAUUUCGGGGAAUUUGCCUUAUGUAACGCUUUUAUAUUUGAUAAUUUUAGUGUGAAGUAUUCAAUGAAUUAUUGCGAUACCCCUCUAUGAAUUCACCAAUAAAAUAAAACUUCACCACCCAGGUGGAACUUUCAGUCGAUUU